ACGCUAAGUUUCUUCUAAAAUCAAUAAAACGUCACUCUGAUAUCCCACUCAUAAUCUACGAAUACGAACUGAAGCAUUCCAUUUCUAUGGCUGGGAAUGCAGCAUUUCUUUCUGGCCAUCUGAACUCUUGGCACCAAAAAUCCUGACGUCUCUCCAAUUUCCAGACUCAUUCUGUCACUCUCUCUCACCCAAUCCCCAUCAUUCUCGGAAUUUUCUCUCUCCUCUACACCCACACUUUCUCACCAUUGACAGCACCACAACACAGCAUUCUAGUAGAGGAUGUCAAUUUCCAUAACUUCAGGUCGUUACACUUUCAUCCUACCAAAAUCGCGAAAUUUCAGAGGAAAGCCAGAAAAUUUCACCCAAUUUCAGGUGAACCCAUUUCCUUAUGCUCUUCCAUUUCACUUUCAAUUGUCAAAAUCCCAGAAAUAUAGCAAGAAUAAUCUGUUGUAUCCAAUUACUGCUGCAAUUAAUAGCACUACAACUACUGAAAAUCCCAAAGAACAAUCUUUUAGAAGUAAAAAUCCAAAGGAUAUUAAUGUAUUGAUUACUGGUUCAACUGGGUACAUUGGAAAAUUUGUUGUUAAUGAGUUGGUAAAAAGGGGUUUCAAUGUGAUAGCUGUUGCAAGAGAGAAAAGUGGGAUUAAGGGUAAGUUUGGGAAAGAUGAGACUCUUACUCAGUUAAAUGGAGCUAAUGUUUGCUUUUCUGAUGUUACUAAUUUUGAUGAUUUAGCAAGAAAUUUGGAGAAUUUCGGGGUUGAUUCCAUUGAUGUUGUGGUUUCAUGUCUUGCAAGUCGAAGUGGGGGUGUCAAAGAUUCUUGGUUGAUUGAUUAUGAGGCAACUAAGAAUAGUCUUCUUGCUGGAAGGAAAUUUGGAGCUGUACACUUUGUGUUGCUUUCUGCAAUAUGUGUGCAAAAGCCUCUUUUGGAAUUUCAGCGUGCCAAAUUGAAAUUCGAGGCCGAGUUGAUCCAGGAAGCUGAGAAAGAUGAGGGGUUUACCUACAGUAUUGUGAGGCCUACGGCGUUUUUCAAGAGUUUGGGAGGACAAGUUGAGCUUGUGAAAGAUGGGAAGCCCUAUGUGAUGUUUGGGGAUGGAAAAUUGUGUGCUUGUAAACCAAUUAGUGAGCCUGAUUUAGCUAGGUUUAUUGUGGAUUCUGUCUUAGAUGAGGAUAAGAUUAAUCAGAUUUUGCCAAUUGGAGGGCCAGGGAAAGCACUAACGCCGCUGGAGCAGGGGGAAAUGUUGUUUAAACUUGUGGGGAAGGAGCCAAAGUUUAUCAAAGUUCCCAUUGAAAUCAUGGAUUUUGCUAUUGGUGUUCUUGAUUUCUUAGCUAAGAUAUUCCCUUCUUUGGAGGAUGCUGCGGAGUUUGGGAAAAUUGGGCGAUAUUAUGCUGCCGAGAGUAUGCUGGUUUUGGAUCCUGAAACUGGAGAUUACAGUGCUGAGCAAACUCCAAGCUAUGGAAGAGAUACUCUGGAUGAGUUCUUUCAGCGAGUGCUUACAGAAGGUAUGGUCGGUCAAGAAUUGGGCGAGCAGACGAUAUUCUAGUUGUGUCUUGAUGCUUUCUUACAGUAUGAAUGUACAUCCUGUCCUUAUGUAUAAUUAUAUGCCUUUGCUCUUCUGAAAAAGAGCGAGACAUUUUUGUAUUGAAAGAUCUUAUCAUACUUAAGUCUCUUCCACUUUGGUUCAUAAAAUGUUACUUGAUGAUUGAGGUGAUGCCUUGACAUUUUUUUUGAUUCAACAUGGGAAUCUAUCAAUAAGAAUACAUUGAAUACCUUUUACAGCAUUACAAGUUAGAAUUGAUCCCUAUUCUCCAUUUCCUGAAUUCAAUGUAUAAAACUCACUGUCAUGUCUUAGGUCUAUUGUCAUUUUAAAGUUUAUCUAGUUUGUGUUACUUUAAUGUCAAUUGUUUCUCUACUGACAUAGCUGACGAUCUGAGCAAAUUCUUUAAGAUACUCCAAAAAAGUCAUUACACAGCGUGUGAUACUCAGAACUUUGCCAAAUACCAGUACAUGGGGAAAUGCAGUUGCUAUCUGGGCCGUUUGCCCGUUUUUAUGUGGCUUAAAUGGGAGCACUAAGCAGCAGUUCCCAAUGUGCACUCACCCAGUUCCUAAACUAAUGCCGUCUGAACACCAUCCAAUAGAAUUACUCUCCUUUGAUAUUUUUUCCUUAGCCCUGGGGAUGAUAUUGCUUCUCUAUCCUCUCCCCGGUUCUGACAGUUUCCGUCUACCCAGUCACGACAUCAUGCUAGAUGGCUCGUUCGCCGUGGUCAAUCUUUGGGCUUUGCAGUGCUCUUCAUUCCCAAUCUUAUCUGCUCAUUCAUGUAAGAGGUAAUUAACUCUCUUUGUCAUCACUAAAAUCUUAGGAGCUUAUUUGCAUGAUUUAUUGAGUGCUUUUAGUAAGGGGUGGCUAUAACUCAUUCCCUUUUCGAUUUUUUUUUCCCAAUUUGUUUUACAGAUAGAUAUAGAUGUAGAUUCUGUUGCCAAAGUCUGAUUUUUUUUUUGUUAGCUAUGCAUUACAAUAGUUCCUCAAUUUAAUUUGUUUGUAAAUAUUGACAAGCAUGGAGAUACCUUUGUGGACGAUUCAAGGAUGAUUGUGGUAAGCAAUACUGGAAAAACGAAUGCGUAAGAGCGUGUAUAAGAAGUAGUGUAUCAGAAAAUAUUUGGCAUGAGAUUCUAUGAAGAUUGCCUAUCAAGUCUCUUGUCAUUUGUCAAGCCGUGUGCAAGGAAUGGAAGUCAAUUGCAGCCUUUUUGAUGAAGAAAAGUGUAUUGUUUCCUCUACGUGGUUUGAUUGUCAUCACUCGACAUGUUAUAGAAGUGGGGGAAGGAAAGAGUUAUUUGACAUAUAUUUGCUUAAGAACUAAGCAUGCCAUUUACGUACUAUCUGGGAACAACAGCCAAGAUAUUAUUAGUAGUGGUUAUGAAUUAUGAUAGGGGAGUAUCAAGUAAAUUAUCAUUCGACGUGGGAGCCUUACACCCAAUCUGCCCCUGAGGUUUAACUGGUCGAGGGCAUUUCUCUUACUUCCAUGGGGCCUCACUUUGUUUGGCCAUGGUACUUUUGAGGCACAUAAUCGGGCACAUAAGGAAGUCUUCAUUGUGCCCAAGUCACCGAUUGUGAUGUAAUGGGGUAUAAGCACAAGAAACCAUUUCGACACAAAGGGUGUCAUCAUCCAACUUCAUUCCGUGCCAGGAACUGCUUGUGGCUUUACAGUUGUGCGAUUCUCCUCUAGGUUCAGGGUUUUAGUUCAGAAAGUGGUAGGCGAUCUUCUACUGAUUAGUGAUUACCCUAAGCCCAAACCUUCGUCAACGCACUCUACUCAGAAGCUGGUAUGUUCAAAACUGUGUUGCCCUCUAUAAAGGCCAGAGAUUAUUUCUAUGUUUUUUUUUGACAGACAAGGGCCAUGGUAUGGCAACAAGCUAAUAGAUUCUAAUGUAAAGCUGUGUAGUUAUAAAUUUCCCUUGCCAAAAGGCGUUGUAAUAGAUUGGUUUAAGGGGAGGGGUAAUAUAGGUAGUACAAUAUAAUUAGGUUGGCUUGGGGAGUAAGUAAGUAAGUUAGCUCUAUAAAUAUAGAAGGAUUAGUGAUAGGAAAGGAUAUCAAGAAAAUAUCGGAGAGUUUAUUUUAGUGGUUAGCUUUGGGAGUGUGUCAAGUCACUCGAAAACUUGAUAAUCUAUCUUUAUUUUCUGUUAUUUCCAUUUUUAUCAAUCAAAUCAUCUUCAUCUUCUUUGA